AACACCAGUGAAUCGAUGCCCCCCCCAUCCUGACGAGCACGUGGUCCAGUGUCCGAUCCGGCCUGCCGCCAUCCAUGGCCGCCUCCCUCUUCCGCCUCUCCCGGCCCCGCCGCGUGCUCCUCCCCUUGUCCGCCCUCCGCCUCCCUCUCUCCACCCAGCCCCUCCCGCAGCCCCGGGACCCGUCCUCCCCCAAUUCCAACCGCGGCCUUCCUGCUUUCCUCUCCUUCCUCGCCGCCGCAGCCGCAGGCGGAAUCACCAGUUCCGUCGCUCUCUGCGAUGCCGGCCCCGACCACCGGGUCGGCGGGAAAGACAGCACCGAGCUGGUGGUGCGUGGGGAGCGCAAGUGCGUGCCACAGCAGUUCAUAGAAGAGCUCGCAUCCUUCCUCGGGGAGAACCUGACGGUGGAUUACGAGGAGAGGAGCUUCCACGGGACGCCGCAGAAUAGCUUCCACAAGGCAGUCAACGUGCCCGACGUCGUCGUCUUCCCAAAGUCCCAGUAUGAGGUACGGAAUAUUGUGAUGACUUGUAAUAAGUACAAGGUGCCGAUUGUACCAUAUGGUGGGGCUACAUCAAUUGAGGGACAUACGUUGGCACCUCAUGGUGGUGUUUGCAUUGACAUGUCUUCAAUGAAGAAAAUCAAAUCUCUGCAUGUUGAGGAUAUGGAUGUUGUAGUUGAACCAGGAGUUGGAUGGAUUGAGCUGAAUGAAUACCUGAAACCCCAUGGUCUCUUUUUCCCUCUUGACCCAGGACCUGGAGCCACUAUUGGUGGAAUGUGCGCUACACGAUGUUCUGGUUCAUUAGCCGUGAGGUAUGGAACUAUGCGGGACAAUGUUAUCAAUCUUCAGGCUGUUCUACCAGAUGGUGACGUUGUCAAGACCGGUUCUCGGGCUCGAAAGAGUGCAGCUGGAUAUGACCUAACUCGGUUGAUCAUUGGAAGUGAAGGGACUUUAGGGGUAAUUACAGAAGUGACUUUACGACUUCAAAAGCUUCCAUCUCAUUCCGUGGUUGCUAUGUGCAAUUUUCAAACAGUUAAGGAUGCUGCUGAUGUUGCUAUUGCAACAAUGCAUUCUGGCAUACAGGUCUCGAGAGUGGAAUUGUUAGAUGAGGUUCAGAUAAGGGCAAUAAACAUGGCAAACGGUAAAAGCUUGCCUGAAGUGCCGACCUUGAUGUUUGAAUUCAUAGGGACAGAAGCAUAUGCACUUGAACAAACACUGUUGGUUCAAAAGAUUGCUGCAGAGCACCAUGGUUCUGAUUUUGUUUUUGUGGAGGAGCCAAAUGCUAAAGAGGAACUGUGGAAGAUCAGGAAGGAGGCACUUUGGGCUGGUUUUGCCAUGAAACCUGAUCAUGAAGCUAUGAUAACGGACGUUUGUGUUCCAUUGUCUAGACUUGCAGAAUGCAUAUCUGUAUCUAAGCAACUACUUGAUGCGUCACCAUUGACUUGUUUGGUUAUCGCCCAUGCCGGUGACGGAAAUUUCCACACAAUUAUCCUAUUUGAUCCAACCCAGGAGGAAGAGCGAAGGGAAGCAGAGAGACUAAACCAUUUCAUGGUUCAUACUGCUCUGUCCAUGGAAGGUACAUGCACAGGAGAGCAUGGUGUUGGCACAGGGAAAAUGAAGGCAGUACCUGGAGAAGGAGCUGGGGAUGGAGUCACUGAGGACGAUGAAAAGGAUAAAGGCCGCGCUGGAUCCCAACAACAUCAUGAAUCCAGGAAAGCUCAUCCCACCCCACGUCUGCAUCUGACCAACCAAGUGCCUGAUUCCAUGGCAGUGGGUUCGGUUGUUCAAGUUUGUCGUGGUGCCGCCACUGAAUGCGUCCAUGAAACCUUUGGAUCUGUUACAGCCUUACCCGAGGACACCAACAUAUACUACAUGAGUUACAAGUUACAACUUACAGUACCCGGCCCGGCCAUACUGAAUAAAAGGACCAGGACGUUGUUAUCUCUUGGUGUUAUUUGUACCAAUAGUAGUAUACAUGCAUGACACCGUUUACUGGGCCUGCUUCACGUAUUAACAUACCUCCAAAACACGAUGGAGUGGUUUACAUCCUGGUUUCAUAAAAUAGCGUUCUUGCUCUAUACUCUUCUUGUAACAGUCAUAUAUUCCCUCAGUUCAUAAAUAUGAGAUGCUUUGGAUA